UGCAGUGAUUGGCUGCAUGAAAAACCAAACAAUUCAACUUUUUUUUUAAAGAUCUGGGUAAAAAAGGGAUUAAAAGACUGGAGAAGUCUCAAUACUACUUGCUACCCAGCCAGUAUGCUGACAUAAUCUGAAUUUUGGGACUUUAGAUUUGAAAAAUGCUGAGCUAAACCAUUUUAUUUCAGAUCUGUCUUCAGGGAUUAUCACAGUUGCUCCUCCCAUCAUGGAUAUUUCCUUAAAUGUGACCAACAACAUCUCCAGAUCCUGAUAUAAAAAGUAUUAAAAAAAAAACAUGUGCACAAGUUAAAGUUUGGUAGGAAGCAAUUGGACCGACUUCUUUUAAAUCCUGAAGCUUCCAUCUAGUUCUUUGUUAGUGCUAAUUAGCAGAAGUGGCCUCACCUGGAAACAAACAAGCCAUCUUGACUCGUGUGCUCAGAUGGCUUCAAGAUUUGGCCUCAAGAGAGCUGGAAGACCCUCGGAGUACUCAGACUCCUUUCUGCUCAGGGAUCCCAGCCCUCUGAAGGAGCUCCGUCACAGCGCCUCCUGGUGGGCCGACGGGGAGGAGCACAAGGAGCAGGGAGACUCCCUCAGGGAGCAGCUAAAGGAGAUGGAUGAGCACGUGGCCAGGCUGCAGGACAUGCUGAGAGGUGAACGAGCCAAAUGCUCUCGUCUGCAGCUGCGUUGCAGCCAGCAGGAGGCGGAGCUGAGGCGGCGAGAGCAGAACACCAACCGGCUGAAGGAGCGAAUGUCUCAGCUGACGGAGCGACACAAAGAGAGAGGACACUCCAUAGAGGUGCUGAACUUUCCUCCUGGAAGUCGCGGCAAAAGAGAACAACAGCCAGUGAAAUCAUUCAGGUCUACUGCAAAACGAGAAGAGGCAGCACUGCGUGUGAUGCUGGAGCGUAGAGAAGCAGAGCUGAGGGAGGCCAUGAAGCUUCGCCACAGCCUCACCACGCUACUUCACGCUCUCAGAGUCGACAUGGAGAAUACCCUGUCCAGCAUAGUGGAUGUUCCUGAUGAGGGCCAAACUGAAGACAAAAGGCUGGAUCAGGCUGAGGAGGUGCUGGGUGACCAUGUGACAGGAGGCGUGGUUCAGAGCUGGAGGGAGGUGCAGAGGAGGCUGGGAGACCUCCCAGCAGGAGGUCCCUCUGGUGUUGGUACUGAUCAUGAGAAGCUGCUGGCUCAGCUAGAAACUGAGCUGAAGGAGAGUCACCAGCUGGUCAGGAUACAGCAGCAUCUUCUGCAGGAAGGCCUUGCCUCACCGGUUCCCUCUGAGCUGGCUGAUUCCUACUUUCUGGAAGAGUGGGAGCGUCUCCAGGUGCGCGGGGCGGAGCUCCAUCAUCAGAGGAGAACAUUUGAACGGGAGAGGAAGUCCUUCACUGAAGCUGCCAUACGACUGAGCCAUGAGCGGCGUGACUUUGAGCAGCAGAAGGCGUCUCUGCUGAAGCAGCAGUACCUGUGUGAUUCACCUGGAGCCGACAGAGGAGCUCCAGGAAACCAGCGGAGAGCGAGCCCUGCUUCCAAUUUCUCCAGUUUGGGGCCAACCAGUAUAUCUGGCCGUGUCCCCGUUACUCCAUCGUCCUCCACGUCGAGGACCGCCGCUGUUUCUGUCUCUCAUCAGGGAAGAGUUGAGACCCCCAGCACUCCUGAGCUCUACUCUGCCCUCAACCUGUCUUAUAGCAGCAGGAGCAGAGAGGCUGAUCUAGAGUCUCAGUCGUGGGACGGCGGCGCCGACAGGACGGCGCCACACUGGGACUCGUCCUUUUAAUGUGAUUUUGACGAUGAGUCGUGAUUGAAAACAUAUUGUACCUUAUUUUCACUUUUAGGAUUAAGAUUUAGUUUUAUCAUGCUGCUAAAAACAAUAAAAGGAAAAGCUUUUUUGUUGUUGUAAUCUAACCCUGCCAAUAAAUUAUGUUUUCUUAUUAUGACUAGCUAUUAUUGGGCUUUUUUUUUUUUUAAUUAAGAAUCCACUUUUUUUUAAAGACUUUAGUAGGAUCAAGUCAGUUAUCACUGUACUUACAAUGUUUGCAAUGCUUUACCCAUUACUUUUCCUAUUCAAACAAGGAAAGUGUUUCUUAAAGAUUUUUUUAUUUUCCUUUUAUUGGACAGUGUAGAGUUCGACAGGACAGGAAGCUAAUCUAGGAUGUUGCAGCUACGUGGUAAUUUACACGAGUCUAUCACCAUCCAGCAGUGCCUGACUCCUGCCAAUCCAAAAAAGGUGAAAGAGGUAACGAACGAAGUCAUGUAGCUGAAACACGGCAGCCACCAGUCGCUCAAUGCAACCAUGCCCUAAAUCAGCUAUUCUCAACCUUGGGGUCGGGACCCCAAUUGGGGUCGCGAGAUGAUUUCUGGGGGUCGGCAAAUCAUUUGUUUUAGUCUUUUUGGUCACUUAAUGUCUUUUUUUGUUCAUUUUGUGUCUUUUUAGGUAAUUGUGUCUUUUUUUGAUCAUUUUGUGGUCAAUUUGUGUCUUUUGGGUAAUUUGGUUUCCUUUUUUUGGUCAUUGUCUUUUUUUUAGUCAUUUUGUGUCUUUUUUUGGUCAUUUUGUGUCUUUUUUUUGGUCAUUUUGUGUCUUUUUUGGUCAUUUUGUUUCCUUUUUUUGGUCAUUUUGUUUCUUUUUUGGGUGAUCUGAACUGUGCGUGUGAGAUUGUGUUCAGUGAGCGGGGGUCACGGACAACAUGCAUGUUAAAUUGGGGGUCGCGACUAAAAAAGGUUGAGAAUAGCUGCCCUAAAUCAUGCUUUAAACCUCUAAUACAAUUUAAAGGGAAUGAGUUAUAUAACCCAGGGCCCAAUCCCUGUACAGCUGUAGGUUGUUGAGGGCAAAACAGAUUGAGUUUUUUUGUGUGACGCUCUAAACAUGUUUAUUUCUGUUGUAAAGUUGGCAGUGGCGGUUCUACACAGGGGCCUCCAGGGGCCACUGCCCCUGUGAAGAAGCCUUUGGCCCCUGCGUCAAAUUAAUAAUAAAAUGAUCCAUUUAUAACGAUGAACAAUGGAACAAUUCUUACCAAUUUUUGUUCAAACAAUAUCUCAUUGUACACAAAAGGAACCCAGAAUGUGAACAUUGUAUCAUAGUUUAAUUGUGCAAUAAAAUAUUGUGUGUAUAUAAAAAAAAGAUCAUUCUGACUGUACUGCACUUUCAAAAUAAAGUUGUUUAAAUCAA